AUGGCAACUAUUCUGAUCUAUUGGUUUGUAUUGCUAGCUGCGGCUUCCACAGCGUUGGCUACAGCUUCUACUUCCACCUUACUAGACGUGUGUACGACCAAAUACGGCCGAACCUCAACUAGUGGGGUUAGCACUGAGAAUGUAUUCCUCACUGUCACUAGUCAUGCCACUCUCACAACAACUUCGACCCCUAUCAAAACAACAACUCUUUCUCCAUCGACUAUUACCUCAGUGGUGACAGACACAGUGUAUUCCACAAGCGUCUUAGACCAGAGUACAGCCACUUUCUCAACAACACUUACGUCGACCCUUGUGGUAACCAACUAUGACAUCAUUACAAGUACACAAAUUGUUACGAGUGAUACUACAGUUACUUCUUCCAUCACAACUACGAUUCCACCUUCCUCUGGAUUUACCUUCGCUUCAGCACUCAGCCAGUCAACCAAUGGACCUAGGCAGACGGCUGCCACAGAGCAAGACGCGGUCACUCACGGAGCAGAUACAUUCCACGUGUCUAUACAGUCUGACCAAACAACUGCUCGUGUUGUUGUCAACCCUCCUAUCUACCCUACUGCAGUGACAUGCGCUGGCAUUGUCAGGGUUAUCACUACAAGUACAAUAACUAAGACUGCAGCGACGACAUUGACUGUGACCAGUACACCACCUGCCAAAGCUACUACUGUUACAACUGAAUUUACGUCAACUGUUACCAGUACUCCAGUUGCUGCUUCAACAACACUCACAUUUAGCACAAGUGCAAUAGUAUCGACCACAGUGACAACCACCACGACAAGCACGCAGCUUGCGGCCCAGACAACCAAAUCAAUGAAAUCAAUGGUCAAGGAAUCCCCCAAAUAUUUUAUUCUGAUCUGGGGUCCCUCAGUUCCGUACGAGCGACAAAUGCAUAUGACUGCUGUGUGGAUUGCUUAA